AUGGCACUAGUGGGGCUAGCUAGGCGACGCCCUGGGAACGUGCUGGGUGAUGCCUGGAACACGCAAGACACCAAGGAGGAGUUGGGUGAUGCCUGGAACGCGCAGGGCACCAAGGAGGCUUUAGGUGACAUAGGUCUAUGUGGCGAGCUGGGUGGUGUUAGCGGUGACGAUGACAUCGUUGGACUUCACAAUGGGUUGGCCGAAGGAGGUUGCGACGCCCGCGUAGGGGCAGAGGAGACAAUUGUGCAGUGA